CGGCGGAGUGAGCACGGACAACAACAGACACAAAGGUGAAGAGGUUUUCUGCCACGAACUCUUUACACCCGGUUCGUUUUAUCUUUACCGGCGGUGACGGGUGGUGUUCGCCGGUGACUGGAAAGGGGGGAGCGUUAUUUUUCUUCUUCGAAAACGCCGACAAGGUGGAAAUUGAUAAAGGGAACGUCCUCUGACGACACUCGCACAAGUAGAGGAAACAGAGGCGCAGGAUUAAAAGAAGACAUAUCCUGGUCAUUGUUCAUCACUGCUGGAUGGAGCCACCCCUCUGAUCUAAAGGAAACUGUUACUACAUGAAGUUGAGGAAGCUGUCAUCUGUUUGCAGGUCACCUAAGAACCCACCGUCUGUGCCAUCUGCAGCUCACUGACCUCAGUAAGACUCUGCAAUCAUCAGUGAUUGUGUGUACAAGGCAUCAAAAUAUUCAGUCCAAGGACUUCUUUUUCUACCAAGGCUGGGUUCUCUGGAGCUCAGUCAGAGUGACCAUCAAGUUCCUGGUCACCUCUCUCUGAGACCCUUUUCCCCUGAUUGCUCAGCUUAGACCUAGAGUACUACCCAGCUCUCAGUGAAAAAGGAACAGCACUUUGCAGUUGCUGAGAUGAUCCCAUCGAAUAUGGUUGCAAUACAGACUGCAUUUUAAAGCCUUCUGCUGGGAAAGAACACCAUCAAUACAUUUCUUUACAUCAGGCUUUUCUUUUCAAAGCACCAAUGUGCCUGUGAAAGUCGUCACUUCAUUCAGUAGGCAUUAUGUUGAUCUUAAUCUAAACCCCUGAGCAACCCAUCCCUACCUUUCCCUCCCAUCUCCCCUUCCCCAAACCCUCUCCAAUCACUAUCAUGACGAGUCUGAAGCGUUCUCAGACUGAGCGCUCAGUGGGAGGCUCAGUGCCAGCUUCUGACGAGUUCUAUACCCGCCGUUUACGGCUGCCCAAUGGAGGGGCACCUCCUCCCCGCAGUGAAAGCGCCCACAUUUCCUCCUCCUCCACCACCGGCACCAACCCGGGCGUCCCUAAAAUGGGUGUCCGGGCUCGUGUGGCCGAUUGGCCUCCAAGGAAAGAUGGAGGAGGAGGAGGUGUUUGGCAUAUCACUGUGGAAACAGACUCACCCAGUUCUACCAAUACCACCAGCUCCUCGGGAUCAGGGAGUGGAGACAGAGAAAGGCUCGGGCUUGGUGAAAGAAUCGGUGGAGGAGGAGGGGGAGGAAGUGGUGGUAGUGGUAGUGGUGGCAGUGGAGGAGGAGGGGUGUCAGCCGUCACAGCCCACAGCAAUCUGUCAGCCAAGUUGGGCCACCUGAUAAGCCCACAGGAUUCAUCCAUGCUGCGCAACAUUCACAACACACUAAAGAGUAAGAUGCAGAGCAAAGGAAAGGACAACCGCUUCCUGUCUCCUGAUGGAUAUCUAGGAUCACCACGCAAAGGCAUGAGGCGAAUCCGCCAGCGCAGUAACAGUGACAUCACUAUCAGUGAGCUGGAUGGGGACAAUGAGGGCUGGUCCUUCUCAGGUUGGACGCCCAUGCACCGUGAGUAUGGCAGCACUUCCUCCAUAGACAAACAUGGAGUGUCAGGAGAGAGUUUCUUUGACAUGCUAAAGGGUUACCAUUCUGCUGAGGCCCCUGAUCAGCGAAGUCCAGCUCCGGAGAGGCUAACAGAACUACUUACAGUGGCCCCAAUAAAACAGGCUGCGCUGGACCUGCCAGAUGGGCCUCUAGGUCCAGCCAGAGGUAGUCCAGCUAGUCGGCUAAAGGAGCGAGAGAAGCAGUUGAAGAGGAGGUCAAAGUCUGAGACAGGCGGGGAGUCAAUAUUCCGUAAGCUGCGUAGUGUUAAGGUGGAGGGUGACACAUCGAGAGCUGGCUCUGAUGCUGAAGAUGGGGGGAAGGGGGAUGAGAGCGGCCCACCUCCCAAACCCUGGGUUUGCCAAAAAGGCUUUUCUCAUUUCGACGUCCAGUCUCUAGUCUUUGACCUCAACGAGGCGAUCCACAGUCGCCAUUCUGGGUCCAAGCGUAAAAACACCACAACUGGUGCCUCAGCAGCUGCUGCUGCGUCUGCUUCGGCGACGUCCUCCCUCGCUUCAAAUCAGAGUGGAAUGUAUGGGUCCCCCUGUGGCUCACAAGAGGAGCUGAGCAAGGAUGGGUCAGGAGGACACCCAACCAACCCUGCUCUGGACCCUGGUGAUGAUAAGAGCAAUGAACUGGUGCUCAGCUGCCCUUGUUUCAGGAAUGAGAUUGGUGGAGAGGGUGAGAGGAAUAUUUCCCCUGUUAAACAGCAGGGCAGCAUCGGUAGUGGUGGGAGCUCCAGCAGUUCUUCAGGCAGCACGGAGGAAGGACCUUUGGAUGCCACUCUUACAACUCAUUUUACCAACGCUGGGGUGGCUGUAUUGGAAGCCCCAAAGGACGGACCAAGCCAACAUGCUGACAGGUCCAAAAGAUACAUUGUGGAGCAUGUUGACCUCGGGGCAUAUUACUACAGAAAGUAUUUCUACCUCAGAGAGCAUUGGAACUACCUGGGGGUUGAUGAGAACCUGGGUCCGGUGGCAGUGAGUCUGAGGAGAGAGAAGUUAGAGGAACACAAGGAGCAUGGCCAGCAGUACAACUACAGGGUCAUCUUCAGAACAAGCGAGCUGAACACCCUGAGGGGCUCCAUCCUGGAAGAUGCCGUACCUUCCACAUCCAAGCAUGGUUUAGCCCGAGGCCUGCCCCUCAAAGAGGUUCUGGAGUACCUGGUUCCUGAGCUCAACGUCCACUGCCUUCGCCUGGCUCUCAACACACCUAAAGUCACCGACCAGCUGAUGAAGCUGGAUGAGCAGGGGCUGAGUUUCCAGCGGAAAGUCGGCGUGAUGUACUGCAUGGCAGGCCAGAGCAGCGAGGAGGAGAUGUACAAUAAUGAGUCAGCCGGUCCUGCACUGGAGGAGUUCCUCAGUCUGCUGGGGGAGAGAGUCAGACUCAAAGGCUUCACCAAGUACCGAGCUCAGCUGGACACCAAGACUGAUUCGACGGGCACCCACUCCUUGUACACCACUUAUAAGGAUUACGAGAUCAUGUUCCAUGUGUCGACCAUGCUGCCCUACACACCCAACAACAAGCAACAGCUGCUACGGAAGCGUCACAUUGGGAACGAUAUCAUCACAGUCGUGUUCCAGGAACCCGGGGCUCUCCCAUUCACUCCCAAAAACAUCCGCUCGCACUUUCAGCACGUCUUCGUGGUCGUGCGUGCACACAACCCAUGUUCUGAAAACAGCUCGUACAGUGUUUCAGUCACUCGUUCCAAAGACGUGCCCUCCUUCGGCCCUCCAAUCCCAGACGGCGUGACUUUUCCCAAGUCCUCCGUGUUCCGGGACUUUCUCCUUGCCAAGGUCAUCAAUGCAGAAAACGCCGCCCACAAGUCACACAAAUUCCGUGCCAUGGCCACCCGAACCCGCCAGGAGUACCUGCGGGACCUUGCCGAGCGCCACACCACCAGCACGCCCAUCGACCCCUCGGGAAAGUUCCCUUUCAUCUCGUUGGCUCACAAGAAGAAAGAGAAGUCUCGGCCUUACGUAGGGGCGGAGAUUCGCAGCCUGGGUGGAGUGGCCUGGCCCACUUACGUGGAGGACCAUGGCACCGGAGGGGAACUGGAGGCCCUUCUCGCCAUCUCUAAUGACUUUAUGAUCCUGUUAGAUCGGGAAGCGAAAGCUGUGGUGUUCAACUGUGCCACUAAGGAUGUGAUUGGCUGGUCGCUGAGCAGUCCAGCGUCUUUGCGGAUUUUCUACGAACGUGGAGAAAGUGUGUCUCUGAGGAGUAUUAGUAACAACACGGAGGACUUCAAAGAGGUGGUCAAACGUCUGGAGUUCCUGACUAAAGGAUGUGAGACAUCAGAGAUGACGCUCCGGAGAAAUGGCCUGGGGCAGCUUGGCUUCCAUGUGAACUAUGAGGGCAUUGUGGCUGAGGUGGAGCCAUAUGGUUACGCCUGGCAGGCAGGACUGCGGCAGGGAAGCAGACUGGUGGAAAUCUGCAAAGUUGCUGUAGCAACUCUGACACAUGAGCAGAUGAUCGACCUCCUGCGGACCUCAGUGUCUGUGCGUGUUGUCAUUAUCCCGCCUCAUGAUGAUGCCACACCACGCAGGGGCUGUUCAGAGCUCUAUCGGGUGCCCGUGUCUGAGUACAAGAGCAGCAGCAGUGAUAGUGGCUCCUUCGAAUACAAGUUUCCCUUCAGGAGCAACAACAACAAGUGGCAGAGGACAUCCAGCAGCCCCCAGCAGUCGCUCACUGCCUCACCACAGCCACACCAACCCAACCGGGCCAUCAGCCUGGGCAGCUCGGUGGGGAAGACACUCUCAGCUGAGAGGCUUGAAAGGGGUGCGGUCAUCCCACGCAGCGUCAGCAGUGAUGGCCGACCCAUGGACACCAAGAGGAUGUCUCCCGGCAGUGAGAGCUAUAGCCUGGCCUCUUCCCUGGCAUUGGGUCGUUCGCCUCACAAUCGCAGCUCGCCAAGUAACCUGUCAUGUUCCAGCGACGCCUCCGGAAGCUCAGCUCACUGGAGACAGAAGUCAAUGCCGGAGCAGUUUACAGGCCCCCGCCAUUCUCCGAUGCCCGGGGAGAGGCGAGAGGUGGUUGGAGAGGGCGUGUCCAGCGGGAAGUCGACUCCCAAUUGGUCAAGGAUGGAUGAAGGAGGAGGAGGUGAAAGAGGCUCAACAGAGGCACCAGUUUCAAAGUCUGGUCAAGGCUACUCUGGAGCUCCCAGAAUCCAGAGGCAGGAGCAGGUCAUCCACCUGUCACCCAAGAAGGGCAGUCAGCAGUCCGAUGGCCCUUACUCUGGACACUCCAGCAGUAACACCCUCUCCAGCACAGCCUCCAGCGGGGGCCACAGCGACAGCGAUAAAUGGUACGAAAUGGGCGCGGGUGGAGGCUCCAGCGGCGACCAGGGAGAAACAGAGCCAAACGGCCUUGGAGGAGGAGGCUACCUCCAAGGAGCAUCUGCUGACAGCGGCAUCGAUACUAGCUCUUACGGAGCUCCUCAUCACUCCCAUCCUCAUUCACAUCAUGGCAGCACCACCUCCCUGCUGGCUCCCAGUGGAAGCAGGGAGAGCAGGGACCGGUCAGUGUCUCCGUGGCACAGUCCCACAGAGGGAGGGCGCAGGAUGCUGGAGAGGUCACCUGCUGCAGCUGAGUCCUCAGGACCUCCAGUGGAGAGGAGUCUGGAUGGGACAGGUCGAACCCCGCCUACACAUCUUCUUGUUAGAGACAGCAGCACCUACAGUCUUAGUGACCAAGGAUCCCACUCCAGGCAUUCGGGCCACAGCUCUCCCAGAGAUGAGUCCUCCUCUUCAGCCACCUCCCCUUCAUCCCAGUCCUCAGCGUCCCCUGGGCCAAAGAGCUUCUACCCCCGCCAGGGAGCUCAGUCCAAGUUCCUGAUCGGCUGGAGGAAACCUGGAUCCACGAUAAACUCGGUUGACUUUGGAGACACCCGCAAGAAGUCUCCAGGAGAAGGAGGAGUUGAGGUUGUACCCACACCUGCAGCGAGGCCUUCUCUGCGGGACAUGCACUCACCUCAGCCUCACGCCAAGUCAACCAUGGAGGAGGAUGUGAAGAGACACAGCACUCCAGACAGCCCCCCAGCCCCACGCAGACACAAGGAGAAAACACGUCUGCAGCACAAUCAGAAGUCUCCACCAAGCCAUGAGCCUGUUAGCCGCCGCCGCUCACUCCAUCGCACCCUGUCAGAUGAGAGUAUCUACAGGGGUCAGCGCCUUCCUUCGCUGGGAGACUCUGUGACAGAUCCGACACUCGGUGCUGAUUCCCUCUUCAGCUGCUCCACCCUCCCGCGCUCACCUACCACCCGGGGUGUUCCCCUCCGACGGCCCUCCUACAAGCUGGGAGUCAAACUGCACGGUGAUCUUUCGGCAUCUGACACAUCAUUGGUGGAUUUGGUGGAGCGCCAUCGUGGACCCCUCCCUCAGGAGCUGAUGCCGCUCCCAUCUUCAGGCAGGGACAGCCCAUUAGAGUGGACUCACCUUGUGGAUGUGGCCAACACCUUUGAAACUGAAAGGAGCACACACUACGUUCAGAGAAGUUACGUGUUUGGAGAUGCAAACCACAGAAGCAGCGGCGCCUCUAGUCCCCAACAGCCCCACAUAGAGCUGCAGCCAGCCCCUCUGUCACGGCCCUCAUCCAGUGAGGGUCACAUAGGGCUGGAGAGGAAGGUGACUAAGCUGGAGGCCAUGGUAAAAAUGCUCCAGGAAGACCUGAAAAAGGAGCGUGAGGAGAAGGUGAGGCUGCAAGCUCAGAUCAAGAGGCUCUGGGAGGACAAUCAGAGACUGCAGGAGGAGUCGCAGACCUCCGCCGCCAAGCUCAAGAAGUUCACAGAGUGGGUGUUCAACACCAUCGACAUGAACUGACUCUGACCGGCACAUUUUUACUCACAUUAAACUACACACGCAGUCCGGACAGGGAAGCUGAGGGGGAUGACACUGAAGAGAAACUUUGCACAAGAAAAACGGAGACUCUCCUUUUAACAAACACUCUCAUCUAUUUUCUUUUGGCUUUAAACAUCUCCUGGAAAUAUUUUGUUCCAUUCUCCACAGACCCUCUGCUAAACUUCUCAGGAUGAGACUUAAAAACACGAGUGUCAGAUCCAGAGGGAUCGACCCGUACUCUCCAAGGGACCUUGCAAGCGUUGCUUUUAUUUGUUUUUCUUUCAUUUUGCCGUGCCAAAAGAAGAAUCCCUUCCCUGAUGCCCAUUUUCUGAAGAAGCCAGCUAAUUUUCCUCUUGAUUUGAACAUAAAAGAAUCACCUAAACACCUGCGUCUCAUCUUUCUGGGAGGUAUCCUGCCUUCUUUAUCUCUCCUUUUUCUUUUGCAAAUGUUUCCCAGCUUCUCUGACGAGCAACUUUAGUCUUUUGUGCCAAAUCAAACUCAGCAGAGGGUGAAGGAAUUAUCCUUCCGUCUUCAAAAUAUCAACAAAACUUCAGAUAGGUACGCACAAAUCUAUGACCCCCAGCCUCUUGGAGUUUGAAUCUAAAGCCUACGGAUCACAUAUACUUGUGUAAAAAGCGCCUAAAGAAGUUUGACACCUGAAGCGCUACAGCAGCUGACAUGGAGGGCGGCUGAUCUGCCUCUGAACAGAAGGGAAACCUGGAUUUGUACAGUAAUUUUCUUUAUGUUUGUCAUUUUUUUCCUCCUCUGUGACUCUCAGUUCUGGAUUACAGCAUCCUGCCUGUCUCUACAGCACAAAAUCGAAUAAGAAGGAAUAUAUUUAUAAGCCAUCGGCAUGUGGUGCCAUAAAACAAGACUGAUCUCCAGUGUGCUUUGGUCCAAUCUGAUUGUAUGUGUCAUAAAAGCAAUAGGAGGAAGACGAGACUUAUGACUCUCAAAAUAGGGAGUUUGAGGAAGAAGUGUAAUGUGGGAAAAGAAGUUUGAAGAGUCCGCAGAAGAUGAAGGGAUCGAAUUUUAGAGAAAUCAAAGGAUGUACUGCCAUCUCACCGUCUGGAAUACAGAUAGAAUACAGAGAGCCAGCUGAUGACAGAGACAUUUUCAGGACGGAAAGUCAAAGGGGGGACUUUUUUUCCGGGUUAAUUUAUUUCCUUGUAUUAUAAUUCCAAUAAAUAAGUUGUUCUCUUCGUACAGUA